GUUGCGCGUGGUUCAUGGUCUCCUAGCGACCAGAGGUGCAGGGAUCAGGAACCGCUGAAGCAGGAGAGGUGGCAGCCCAGCGAGAACCACCAUGGGGGACCAGAGGCCGCAGGACCGGCCGAGGUCCCUGGGAAUGGACUCCAUGCCCUGGUACUGUGACAAACGGCCUUCCAAGUGCUUCACGGAAUGCAAGCAUAGGCGCAUGAAGUUGCCACCCAUAGACACUGAGAACUGGAUAUUUGUGAAGGAGGGCAUGGACGACUUCCGCUACGGCUGUCCAUCUCCCGAGGAUAUGCUCAUUUGUCGCCGGGACAAUUUCUUACUCCCCAAAAUCUCUAGCAGAAGUCCGCAUGCUGACCCCAAAAGCAGGCAGAAAAAGCUGCUCAAGAAAGCAGCCCUAUUUUCCAAUCUCUCGCCAGCCCAGCUAGCACGGAAGGCUUUCGUAGAGGAAGUGGAAGGCCAGCUUAUGGCUGAGCAUUCCUUGGCCAUGGACCCCAAUCUGGGAGAAGAUAUGCCUCCAGAUCUCCUACGACAGGUGCUGAAAGUGCUGGAUCCUGAGAGGAAGCUGGAGGUCUCGGAGAAGGCAACCAAGGAACCCUCCAAGCCUGGUAAAUACCCUUGUGGGGAAUUCUCCCCAUGGCCUUCUGAGACUCCGCUGCUCCAUCUCUGUCCAGAGCCUCUCAAGAUUCUGCUGUCCAUUCUCAAACCAUACCGUUCUGUGACUGAAGAGUCCUAUCUCUGCCAAGAGCCUCCCAAGACUCACGCAUCUCAUCUCCGCCUGGAGCCUCUGGAAGUUGCAGUUUCCCAUAUCUACCCGGAACCUCCUGAGAGCGGAGUGUCUCAUCUCCACCUGGAGCCUCCUGAGACUCACAUAUCUCAUGUCCGCCCGGAGACUCCUGAGACUGGAGUGUCUCAACUCUCCCCAGAGCCUCCCAAGACUCCAGUGUCUCAUAUCCACCCAGAUCCUCUCAAGACUGGAGUGUCUCAUCUCCUCCUAGAGCCUCCCAAGACUUGUCAGGUGUCCAGUCUCCACUCAGAGACUCCCAGAACUUGUCAGGUGUCCAGUCUCCACCCAGAGCCUCCAGAGACGGGAGUGUCCCAUCUCUGCCUGGAGCCUCCCAAGACUCGUCAGAUGUUCAGUCUCCAACCAAAGCUUCCCGAGACUGGAGUGUCCCAUCCUUGCCCAGAGCCUCCCAAGACUUGCCGGGUGUCCAGUCUCCAUCCGGAGCCUCCAGAGACUGGAGUGUGUCAUUUCCACCUGGAGCCUCCCAAAACUCGUCGGAAGUCCAGUCUCCACCCAGAGCCUCCCGAGACUGGAGUGUCCCAUCUCCACCCAGAGCUUCCCAAUAGUCGUCGAUCGUCCAGUCUCCGCCCGGAGCCCCCCAAGACUGAAGUGUCUCAUGUCCACCCAGAGCCUCCCAAUAGUCGUCGAUCGUCCAGUCUCCGCCCGGAACUCCCCAAGACUGAAGUGUCUCAUGUCCAACCAGAGCCUCCCAAGACUCAGGGGUCCAUUCCUAGCCCAGAACCUCCCGACACUAGUGUGGCGUCCAAUCUCCUACUAGAGAUACUGAAAAUGCUGGAUUCCCAGAAGAAGCUGAAGGACGUAUGGGCUCGUUGUGAGGCCCGGGUGAAGCCAAAAGAGAAACCCACUGAGUUUGAUAAAUACACUACUAAAAACAUCUUCCACCGGCUUCCCGAUUUUUUGCAGGUUUACGAGGUUCACUUAGAGAAUCUCCGUGAAAAGCCUCUUGGGACUCGUCGGGGGUCCAGUCUCCGCCCGGUACAUCAGAAGACUCGUUGGGGGUCCCGUCUCCACCCCAAGCAUCCGAAGACUCGUCGGGGGUCCCGUCUCCACGCAGAGCUUCCCAAGACUCGUCGUGGGUCCAGUCUCCGUCCAGAGCCUCCCAAGACUGAAGUGUCUCAUCUACACCCGGAGCCUCCCAAAGCUCCAGUGUCCCAACAAUUAUCGGAGCCUACCAAUAUUCAAGCGGCCUUUCUAAAAGCAUUGUUUCCGGAAGACACACCAAGUACAAGGAAGGGUUCUCCUAAAUUUAGAUACACAUCGGAAAAACUCCGUGACUUCUUCAAGUGGGUUAAAGACAUGGGAGUUGAUGAAGAAUCCAUCAGGGAUUUCUUUGAUUUUACUCCCGAGUGCAAACCAACCUGUGACCAGCAAAAGACAAAGAAGAUAAACGAGUGUCACUCAGAGCUGAAGUACAGCAUGGAGCUAAGUGAAAAGGAUGAGGUCAAAUUCUUCUCACAGGAACAAGUCUGGAACAGGAAAACUCCAAAACCACCGAAUUCUUAUACUGCACAGCCUGUGAAGAUGAGGUAUGGAGCAUGGUACCUCAAGCCUAAGUUGUGGAGAAAGCUAAGAAGUGAUGAACCUUUGAUUGACCCCAAGCUCUUACUUAAAAAUCCUGAGGAAUCCAACAUUCUUGACGAACUUUAUGGACCAAUCGCCUUUAAAGAUUUCAUUCUAAGCAAGGGCUACGAAAUGCCUGUCCUCAUUGAAAGGCUGUUUACCAGGAUGGGAUGGAAAUAUGACGCUGUUAAGACACCUAUGGAACGUGUAACAAAAUAUUUCAAGUACAAGCAAGAGGACACAGACGUAUCAGAAGAAAAUUAGAUGAUUUUCAACUGGGUAUUUCUUGCUCUAAUGUUAAACAUCAAUCAGAAUUUAUGAUGACUGGCCUGGUAGGUGUACAACUUUGGUAUCUGUAAAUUCAGUAUCUAAUGUUUAUACACAUUUCUUAAUCAACUGCUUUGGCUUCAUUAUUUCAUAUCUUUUAUCAAUUAUGUAUUUAAUAUCACUGUGAAUAUUACAUCAUAAUGUCAAUUAUUUGUA